CUUCUCUUUCAAAAGCAACAGCUCGCGACCAACAGCUUGCUUUGGCAAGAGCGCCUUUUCCGAGCGUUUUCGUCCUGCAGCAGCACAAGAGGGACAGCAGGGACGAAUGUGAGCAAAGAUCGACGAAAUCUGUCCUUUUCAACCGAUCGAGAUGAAGGCAAGUGCGAGGCGAUGCCUUGCCAGCCUCUCGCCCGUCGUGGGAAGCUCCCACGCCCUCAGCAGACUGGCCACCUCCCUGCCACACUACGCCGCCCAGCCCUCUGCCCUCCGCCUCAGCCCCUUCCCCCGGUGCGUGUCGCUCGGUGUGGUCUGCUGCCUGUCCACUGCGUCUCCUGGAUCAGCUGACGCGGCGGCAGCUAAGUCUGAGAAGGAGGAGGACAGCGGCACUAAUGGUGAGAGCCACCCUGACUUCGCGCCGCAGCCGAGGGAGAUCGACUGGGACAAGAUCAAGGACAAGAUCAGGGAGCUGCUGACGGGGCACCGGAUGGUGCUGUUUAUGAAGGGCUCCCCUGACCAGCCGCAAUGUGGCUUCAGCUCCAGGGUGAGUGGGCAGGCAGACAGACAGGCAGGCAGGCAGGCAACUGCAUCGCAGUACAUCCGUCCUUUAAACUGUGUGUUAUGUGUGUGUCACCAUCAGGUGGUGAUGAUUCUUGACAGCCUGGGCAUGUCGGAUUACACCUUUGUGGACGUGCUGAAGCACCCGAUCGUGCGGGAGGGCAUCAAGAAGUACUCGGACUGGCCGACCAUCCCCCAGCUCUACAUUGACGGGGAGUUCCUGGGCGGCUGCGACAUCAUCAUGCAGCUCUACCAGAGCGGCGAACUCAAGCAGACGCUCCUCGAAAAGGGAUUCAUCAAGACGGCUGAGGGCGGUGGCGACACAGAGGGGGGAGGGGAGGGCGCAAAGGCAGAGGGAGAGGAGGGCAAGUAGGGACAAUGGUGCGGUGCAUGGCCAAGACACUAUGAUGACUGACGUGAUCUGAUGCGCGAUUUGGAUUGACUGAUGGGGCCGGCCGUGUUUUCAGAAUAUUUAAUGUUUGUGUGGUGCACGGUGGCAUGUCUCG